AUGGGCAAGCUGGGAUAUGAUACCGUAUCGCGUUUUCUUAAUGCUAAAAUUCCGGGGGAGCUGGAGGACGAGCUGCUCGUCGCAUACGCUACCUGCACUGAGGGACAGGAUGACAUGACUGCAGCACAGCUGCCUGCGUUCUUUGAGGACCUGCAGCUGCCUAAAGAGUGGUACGAGCUUGUAAGUCCUAGUAGGGUAUGCAUCGAGGGUACGGAUAUUGUGGAUUUUGAGAAACUGAUGUCCGCUACUUACAGGCUGCUGAUCUUCAUGGAUAACGAAAAGACGAUUGACGAGCACUGGGAGCUGCUGCUUGGCGCGUCUCAACGUGCUGAGCGAUUUGGCCGUGUACCCGCGCGAAAACAGGCGGUGACGCUCAAGGACUUACAGCGGUGCGCCGCGCACGUCGGCAUGGAACCGGAACAGUCGGUGGAGAUGCUAGCGUGGGCGACCGGGGGGAGCAGGGUCUAUGUGACAUACCUGGACUUUGCCUACCUGUUGGGGAAGUUAGGGUAUCUGCAUUUCUGA